GAAACGGCUGCAUUUACUGGGUGCAAACUCCAAUUGUAAUUAUCGCGAAGUGCUGAGAGUUGUGGCGGAGUCCGUGAAACCAGCCCCUUCAUGAGUAACCUAUAUAACCUGGAUUCACGCUGCGUCUCGCCAUGUUUCCCCAUGUUUUCCCUCGAACCAGCUAACUUCUAUGAGGGUGUCAGUGGUGGGGUGAAUUUGACCAAGGCGGACCGGGGAAUGUGCGAGGAAAGAACAAGCCUGAUUGAUCUGAACCCGGCAGGUGCCAUCUACGACGACGAGAGUGCGAUUGAUUUCAGCCCUUACGUAGUGGAGCCGGUGUCAGGCUCCCAGCUGGAGCUCUACAACGACGAUUUGCUGGCAGAUCUGCUCGCCAGCACCAACAAAGGGGAGAAGUCUCAGCCCGAUUAUGGGUACCUGUCCCACACAGCAGUCAGUCCAAUGAUGAAUCCUGUCACUGGGAUGUCUGCUUCGACAGGUGACCACUCGGAAAGGGACCCGUUUGCUGCUCAGCUGCGGAACAGCUACGAUCAAAGACUGGACUUAUCGAAAGUGGUGGUUAAGGAAGAGAGGGACGAAAACAUGGAAACUCCGCUGCACUCUCAAAUCGCAGCCUGCGCGCAAACCACCGUGCACUUGCCCACGGGGCAGCCGACCCCGCCCACCAGCCCGGAGCCUAGUUCGUCGAACUCUCACGGUGGAUCGGUCCCUGGAAAGGAAAAAUCCAAGAAGUCUGUAGACCGACAAAGCUCCGAGUACCGACAGAGGAGAGAAAGGAAUAAUAUUGCCGUGAGAAAGAGCAGAGAUAAAGCGAAACGGCGCAACGCAGAAAUGCAACAAAAGCUAAUUGAACUCAAUGCAGAGAACGAUCGUUUGCAUAAAAAGAUUGAACAAUUGUCCAGAGAACUUUCGAUUAUGAGGAACUUUUUCGAGCAACAACCUAAUGCAGCAUCUUUCCUCAAUACAAGUUCAGACUGUCGGUGACUGUUGAACAAAGCUUAAAGACUUUGAGCCGUAUACCUCAACCAAAGAAUUAAUAAUUGAGUAGCAAGUACUGUGAACUUUAGAAAUUUUGUAGCUUUUCUCGCCUUAAAUUCUGAACUGCUGAAACGUGUUGCAGACUGCCUUAGAAACUUUUUCACAGCAACAAAUGCUAAACGUUCCUUAAAUUAUUUUUUAUAAUUCGUGAUUUUUAUCUAUACUUAAUCCAAUUAGGGUACAUUUAUAUGCCACUAUUACAAACUUUAUUUUUCACAUUAGUCGAAACGGUUGCUAGCGUAUAGAUUGAUUGUUUUGUAACUGUUUAAUUUUUAUGAAAAAGAUCAUUAAAUAUGCCGUCUGUUA